AUGACAAGCUUUUUGACAACGUGCGGGUGCCUUUGUUCUUGCGCAGGGGGCUGCGAGUACGGAGGUUGCAGCCAGGCCACCAGCGGCGGGCGAAGGUUUUGCCGACGGCACGGAGAGGGGCGCCGCUGCAAGACGCCGGGCUGUAUGAAGGUGGACGUAGGAGGGGGUAACUGCCGCAAGCACGGAGGGGGGAGGCGCUGUGGAGCCGAUGGCUGUAUGAAAACGGACGUGGGCGGCGGGUUCUGCGUGAGCCAUGGGGGGGGAAAGCGCUGCCAAGCGCAAGGGUGCGCGAAGGGCGCUCAGGCGGGAGGUGUGUUUUGCAAGUCCCAUGGCGGUGGAAGGCGAUGCCGUAUCGAAGGAUGCAUGACAAGCGCACAGAGCGGUGCAGACGUUCUCUGCAUCAAGCACGGCGGCGGCAAGCGGUGCAUGGUCCCCGGGUGCAAGAAGCUCGUCCGCAAGAACAACCGCUGCACGAAGCACGCUUCCGACGGCUCGUCGGGCGCGCGCGCCCCCCCGCGGCCGGCGGCGUCUGCGUCCUUGGCGGCGAAGGCGGCCAAAACAAAGGCCGCCAUAUCGGCAACGACCGCGGCAUUGACGGAAGCCGUCGGAGUGCCACAGGUACCACCGGCGGCACGGCACCAACGCGCGGCGGCGUCGUCAGCGCGCCCCAAAAGCCAGGUCUACUCGUCUUGCCCGACCAAACAGAGGGCGCCGCCGCCGUCGCAGCGCGUGGCUAAGGCUACACCCGACCGGCCGCCCAGUCCUCGGGAGCGGCAUCAGUCGCCGCCCCUGCGGCCUCAUCGGCGUGCAGGAGCGGAGAGCGGCGGCGGCUUCGCCGCUGGUGGGCCGUUGCCGUCGAUGUCGUUGAUGGCAGCGAGGGAACCGUCUCCCAGCUUUGGUUUGGGAGGCGAUGUCCCUCCUCCCGGUGGGCUCUCUGCGCUCCGCGAACCAGGAGCUGUGCCUUCGGCAGUGGCGGCAGCAGCAGCGGGGCCGCUCUUGCAAGGGCAACAGCAGCUGCGCGGUGCUGUCGGGCGGUUUCAAGACGGUAUCCCCCGGGGUCGGGAGGUUUUCUCGCCGGAUGGUAGCCACCCUCAUCAUCCUCGAGGCAUGCCCCAGCUUGCGGGAAUGGGUUCCAUCGGGCCAGGGUUGCCGAGGUUCGAUGGGAGGGACGACUCCAGGGCGGCACAGGCGGCGUCGAUGGGUCCGGAGCUUCCUCACCACGCCUAUGCCUCGGUGGGUGGGCAGGGCCUGGUUCGCGAUCUGCUGCCGGGGGUAACGGUAGCAAACGGGAGUGAAAGGGUUGACAUGGUGAAUGGUUCGUGGAUGCCCUCGGAGAGGAUGGUGGGGCCGGCCCCCGCGCCGCAAGGGCUGGACGGCGUUGACAACCGGGCGCCCCCCUUCCGUGGCGGUCAUUUCUCGAAGGGAGCGAUCGAGAGGUCGCCGUCCGUGUCACCCUUGCCUCCCUCGCUGCUCCUGCAGCCGCCGCCGCCGCCGUUCUCGAUGCCGUUCCCGGCGUCGGCGACGGGUUCCCGCGAGGCUUGCGGCGGCGGCGGCGGUGGCAAGGUCGUCGAAGGCGGCUCGAGAGACGCCGCCGGCAUGAACGGCAGACAAAGCGCGACCUACGGCGGUGGUGAUAGUGACCGGGUUCCGUUGAAUGCACCCAACGCGCCGGUGUGGGAAAGAGGGGGGCUAGCUCCGACGACGACACUAGCUCACCCGUCCGCCGCCAGGACGUCGGACCCACAAGCAGCAGCCUCCACCUCUGCGGCGACCGCAUUUUCAAUGAGUAACGGUGGGCUGCCUACGUCGCAAGACGCCGCUCUUUCUUCUCGGCCGGUGGAGCCUAUACGCCCGCUACCCGCAGCCGCCGCCGCCGCCCCGCGUCUGGGGUCUUCGUGUUGUGGAGGGCGAAAGUCCACCGACUCCAGCGGCGGCGGUGGGAAAGCGGCGGCGGCGGCGGCGGCCGGGCAUAAGGCGCCGGAGAGGACGAGGGCGUGCUCGACCUCCCCCCCCGCAGAGCAGACGUCGUCGUUCAUCAGUCUGUCCGUCUCUGGCAUGAUGUGCAUGGAGAACUGCGGGCAGACGGUCCAGCAGGCGCUCAAGAAGGUCCCGGGCGUCCUGAGCGUGACGAUUCAUUUCCCGACGAGGACGGCCUCGAUCAAGGUCGACGCUAAGGCGAACGUGACGCUCGGAGACCUGACGUCGGCCCUUGACGCGAUCGGUUUCGGCUCGAGCUGCGUGGCGACCACGACCACCCAGGAGCCGACCCUCGAGCAGGACGGGGUGAACGCCGUUUGGGCCAUCGCCAAUGCCCUAGGCCUCGUGGACCCCGGGUGUGCCAUGGCCUGGGGAAGACCGUGCAGCUGUGGGGACGAUUGCAGGUGUAUUAACUGCCCUCAGCACAUGAAGAAGGUGUCACACGCGGUUGACCUUGUCCUGCAAGCGGCCGACUUGAGCAGCUCCAAGGCGCCCCCAGAGGAGCCAAAGCCAAAGCCAAAGGCAAAGUAGCAGCACAAAGACCUGGCCAUCUAUUAUAUAAUAGUCGCAAAUGUAAAUGUUAUGUAUGCUGCUUCUUGUGCAUCAUAUGAUGAGAAUUUGUAUUCAGGGAAUCUUAGUAGGUUGGCUUUUCGGGAAACUUCGGCAACGUGCACGCUACAGCGUUCGUCAACCCCUGUAGCCCCAGGGAGUUACUAAACAAAACUUUUGCUAUUAAAAUAAUACAAGAAAGGGUCUACAAGGGGUUCUCCGAGUUUUAGCACCCAACCUGAUGUCGUUUUCGCAACUCAAGGGUCGGGUACCGAGCGCCGAGAGUGAUCUCCAAGGAAGUUUUGCUCUUCGCUUCCCACCCCCCCUCCCCCCUGAUUUUUUUUCGUGUUUUUGGCACCAUUUGCUCGUGGGGGUGGAGUGUAGCAGGAAUGCCGGGCCGCUUGGGUCCUGUCCUCUCCACACGCAUUUAGAGAUUGUUCUCGCGCAGCGAUGUUUGUCUCAGACGAAGUGAGACAUUUAAGUUGGUGGUGAUCGUGAUUGCCCGACACGGUGCAAGCAAAGUUCGCUUUUUCUUCCUUCGUCCUUCGGCCACGUCACGGCGCGAUGCCUGCCUAUUUCUUGACGCGGCGUUGCGCCUUAAGCGAGGUUUCAGGAGUUGUGACAAAAUGUGCGGCAUCGGCGAGCGCCAAAGCGAGAUGUUGGCGCAAAAACUGUUUGGAUUUCUGCAACAGCUGUCACCUAGAUUAUUAUUCAGUAGCCUUUUUUUCGUGGCCCGGUUGUGUGCGGUACUCCUUCCUGUUGCCAGUAGAUAGUCCUAGGUCCAGAGGCAUAACCGUAAUCUAGAAUUGCGCCCCGUGUUUCUGUGCGUUCUCCUCUCCGUGAAAUUACAAUAAAUCUUAAUCUUUGCUUCGGUGUCCCACGCAAAUUAUCUGGGAUGUACAUAGUCCAUCGUGCUGUUUCGUUAGCUUAUUGGUUACAGGCAAUGGUAUCGUAUUAGGGUAGAAAAUGGGUGAUGGGUGAUGGUACUGACGCAGCGGUACGGUGUCUCUUAUCACGGAACGAUAUUUUGUUUCUGCUGGGUUCUCGGUUGUGGGCGCUUUUUCCCGUUGGGAGCGGUCGUUGAAGGUGUUUCGAAUGACUGCGUUGUGUACGUGAGAGCUGAAAGAUGAAGCAAGAGAUUCGGUGUUGUAAAGUCUUCAAAGCACGAAAGUUAGCUGCAUCCGAGAAGAAGAAAACGUAAAGUUGGUGAAAACGAG